ACUGUCUUGCCUGAAAUUUGACAUUCCUGAGAAACAUAUAUUUAGAAUAAUCUCUUUAUCAGACUUGUGAGACAUUUGACAGGAACAAGGUGAGGAGAAACGCAUAGCAGGAGGAUUUGACUGGAAUGUGAGAGUGAGCCAUGGAGGCAUACAAAGGGAUAAGAACACAUAUGCGAAGGAUCAACUAUGAUUUGGUGGUGCUGCGGAAUCGCCUAGUGGAACUCAAAAAACGUGCAAAUCUGCUUUGCUCAGAGGCCCUGCAACAUCAGCUGAACUUCAUGUUGGACAGUGUUGAUCAGAGGAUCCUUGGUCACAAUCCACUGUUAGACAUAGGCUUUGGAGAAAGAUAUCUGGAUUUGAUGAAUAAGAAGUCAGAGGUGCAGCAGAAAGUUAGUUUGAGUGGAUUAUCUGAAGUGAAAGUGAGUGUGAAGAGAGUGGUGGGCCUCCUUGAUGAGCCUGAGCCUCUGUCUUCCCCAAAGCGACGCAAAGUGGAGAAUGACACGUCAGAAGACAUUCAGAUAGAGAAGGGAGUGUUCAAGCUUUAUAAAACAGAUGGUACCAUUGGAGAUGUUGCCUAUGCCACUACAUUUCUUGUGAAGAACAAGCUUGGUGAUGAAGGAGAGAAGAUAGAAGAAAUGACGGACUUGAGCCUGGGUACUCAGAGUACUGUGGUAAAGAGGAUGCUUACACCAGAGAGACUCUCAUCACAUGAAACUGUGUAUUGUUUCACUGCCGACCUCUAUUACUAUAAGAUGCUGCAUGAUAAGCGAGGGGAAGCACUGGACCAUCUGGAGUCAGAGAUGCCUGGUGUGGAGGUGGUGAGGGGCACAGAGCCAGUGGUCCUGCAGCUCCUGAGUCAUGGACAGCACCAGGUGGAGGUGCAGUGGGACUUAAUUUGGCAUGACUUGAACAGCAGGUUCAAGUACAAAAUUUCAGUUGAAUGCUCUGAAGAAGUUGUCACAAGGUACAGCACAGCAGAUGUCUACCCUUACCUGAGUAAACGGAAGAAGUUACAAACUGUAGAGGAUGUCACAAGUUUUGCAGAGGCCUUCUUGAAUCUCUAGUACCAUUGGGAUUGAAUGAACGGAGGUGUGCUUCAUCCUUGGCUAUCUUGUAACCCCAAAGUCUCAAUGCUUUUCCACACACACUCUGGAUCUGUUUCACAUCCUUCCAAGAUAAGUCCUGUUGCCAGUGAAUUGGUGCAACUUUGGAGUCACGGAAGGUGCUGGACACCCCACCUAUUGUCUGCUUGGUGUGUGUGUCAAGGAAUGCCUGCACCCGUGGAUGGUAGCUCAGGUGGAAGAAGUCAAACAGCUUCUUCGUCAUGUUGUAGACAUUGAAUGACAGAUCCUCAUAGCGUACCAUCCUGUUGAAAAAGGUGUGAUCAUGGUUAUUGUUGCACAAAGGCACUGUAAGUGUUCAAAGUUUGAAGGAAUAGAAAAUAGUAAGAAAUUGGCUAAAUGUGGAUAAUCUUCAUAUCUUGUAAGGUAAGGGGCACAUGUUUGGGAAUAAAUUAUUAUAAGUCAUCACUAUCCUUGGCAUUUUCACCUUUGAUAGCCAUACUACAUAAGAAGUGAUGUUAUAAUAAAGAAUAAAGUUAAAAUUCAUAAGGUAAAUAUAUACAACUUUAAAAUUGUUUCAUAUAUCAAAACUCAUGGAAGUACUCAUAGAAAUUUUGUACAUACUUUAUAAAAGAUAUAUUCACAUCUGUUUUACAUUAUGAUUUCCCCCAAAACAGGAAAUUUACAUGAAUAAAAAAGUACAUGAUUAUUA